AUGGAAAAUAUCGAGAAACCAUUAAGUAAAUUUGCUAUUUAUUUUAGCUUGUAUUUUACAACAGUCUCGGCGCAUAUAGUAAAUAAUGAAACAGCUCAAUAUUUUGAUAUGAUACUAACAUACAUUUUCAGAACAACUCCAGUACUUUCAUUUAUCCUUUCUGUUACGUCACUACUCAUUGCUAAUUUUAUAUAUUAUGGAAUGUUUUAUUUCAUUGGGUCAAUUAUUUCUUGUUUUAGCAAACAACUAGUUGAAGUACGUGCGUUCUGUUAUAAAUUUGGAUGGUAUCUGGCUGCUCUUCAAUUAUUUGAUACAUUUAUUCCAUUAGUUCCAAUUAACCUUUUCAAUGUUAUGUAUGCAAUAAUUGGAGUUCCAGUACAUUGUCAUUUGUUUGCUUUGUUCCAAUCAUCAUUACCUGAUAUUUACAUUAGACUAUUGUUUGGAAUAGACCUAGUCCAAAUUGAGUCAAUGAAAUUUACCGCAGAUCUUCCCUAUUUGUUUGUAGUAUUAUUUGCUAUUGGAAUGACAUUGGCUGUAUGUAUAUUUUACAGUAUGUAUUUAUUUGUUCAUGAAGAACCAACCCGUCCAGAUCCAACAGAGCCUAAAGAGCCAAACACCAUACCAGACAAAAGUAUUGAAGCAAAGAAAAAUGACUAA